AUGGAACCGGAGAUGCAAGAGCCCUACGACCCCUCCAACGACCCAGAAGAACAAAAGCUCAUAAUCUCAGUUCUAGACUCCUUCCGCUCAUACCGCCGCCUCGCUCACUAUAACGGAACACACCUCCGACGACGCGCCUUCUACUCCCUCCCACAAGCCCAUUGGACACUGCUAUCCCGGCCACCCUUCUCUAUCCUAUCAACACUCUCCCAAGUAGACGACUUAAUCGACAGUAAUGCUGAAUUAGCUGAAGCCAUCUUUGUAGCAGGCUUCAAAGCCUUCUUAGCACCCACUCUAGAUAGUGAAUGGGUCGCUUCGAUAGUCCCUGAGAAAUAUGCACACGACGAGUACAAGAUCUUCAACAUCGUCAUGGACGAGCUAGGAGCAAAGACCAGCCAAGGCGACGCGGAAAAAGCGCGAAGUUGCGUAAACCAGUUCUGGCGUGAAUGGAGUCAAGAAGGAGCAGUCGAGAGGACCAAGUGCUUCGAUCCAGUUGUAGCGGCGCUGGAGCAAGAGUUCGCGUCACGCACUGGAACAACCUCCGAUUCAGAUCGCGCGAAUCUCAAAGUUUUGGUCCCGGGUGUGGGACUCGGUCGUUUGGUCUUCGAUAUCUGCAGUGCUGGAUUCAGCGUUGAGGGGAACGAGAUCUCGUACCAUAUGCUCAUGGCGAGCGCGUUGGUUCUGAACGAGACUAAAGGAGCUGGGCAGUUCAAGAUUGCUCCUUGGGCGCUGAAUAGCUCGAAUCAUAUCUCUCGGGAGGAUCAACUGAGAACGGUCACAGUGCCGGAUGUACAUCCAGCGACCGAGCUGGCGAAAGAGGGGACUUCGAAAGUGCCGGCAAGUGAGCGAAUGAGUAUGUCAACGGGCGACUUUUGCGUCGUGUAUGGCCGGGAGGAUUACGCUAGCGAGUUCGAUGCGGUAGCGACCGUUUUCUUCAUUGACACUGCACCGAACAUCAUCCGCUACAUCGAGGCUGUUCACAACUGUUUAAAGUCUGGUGGUCUCUGGAUCAACCUUGGUCCUCUGCUGUGGCAUGCGCCACCACAGAGAGACGAGGGCGAAGACGAGGCAGCAGAGGAUGAAAGGAGAAGAGCCGACGUCGAUGCAGGAAUUGGUGAUCCCGGCUCGGUGGAACUCACAAACGAGGAGGUGGUAGCACUGGUUGAACACUUUGGUUUUGUGAUGGAGAAGGAAGAGCAUGGGACCAUUGAAACGGGGUAUAUUUCCAACACGCGCAGUAUGCUGCAGUCUACAUAUCGUCCAUCUUUCUGGAUAGCAAGGAAGAAGUAA